CCUCCUCCUCGGCCCCUCCCCCUUCCCUUCACCUCGGCACCGGCCGCGGCGGCGGCAGUCCCGACCCACAGCCUGGCACUCCGGCGGGCGCCGUGCGCCGCGCCCGAGUCCAAUCAGCAGCGCGGGCCGCGGCUUUCCGGCCGCCAGGCGCCUCCUCCGCUCUUAUUCCCGGCCGCGCCGCGCCGCCCGGACUCCCCGCGCCCGGCUCCUCCGCCCGCGCCGCGCUCCCAGCCCGAGCCGCGCGCCCAGCUGGAGCCGCCGAGGUUCGCUCUCCGCCCGGAUCCCCGCCCGCGCCGCGCUCCUCCGCCCGGAUCGCCGCCGCCGAGCCUCGAACCCGGACCCGAGCGAGCCAGGCCGCAGCCGCGCCGGACGGUGGAUGGCCCUGACUGAAGGCGGCUGGUGCCCGGCCAAGCGUUUCGGGGCCUCCUCCGCCGCGGACGCCGGAGACCCCGGGGCCUUCCCCGCGUCGGCGGCGCGGGAGCCAUCCUCGCCGCCCUCCCCCAGCUCGCCGCCGUCGCCGUCGUCCUCCUGCUCCCGGGGCGGAGGGGAGCGCGCCGCGGACGCCGCCCCCGAGGCGGUGGCGGGGCCCCCGGGCCGCCCGCUCCUGCUGGGCGCCUACGCCUCCCCGCACCCGUUCCCGCCGGCGCCCGGGGUGGCCGGGCCGGGGGCCGCCCUGCCGGCCUGGGACGACCUGCUGCUGUUCGCCGACCUGGACCAGGCGGCCGCCACGGCGGGCAAGCUGCUGUGGUCCGGCCGCGGCGCCAAGCUCGGCCCGUUCGCGCCCGAGCAGCCCGAGGACAUGUACCCGACGCUGGCGGCGCUGGCCAGCCCGGGCCCCCCGGCCGCCUACGACGGCGCGCCCGGUGGCUUCGUGCCCUCGCCGCCCGUCUACGUGCCCACGACGCGCGUGGGCUCCGUGCUGCCCGGCCUGCCUUACCUGCAGGGGGCGGCCGGCGGCCCCGGCGGGCACGCGGGGGGCGCGGCCGCCCACCACCCCGGCUGGCCCCAGGCCCCCGCCGACAGCCCCCCGUACGGCGGCGGCGGCGGGGGCGGCGGGGGCGGCUCGGCGGCCGGGGCGGCGGGCUCGGCGGCGGCGGCGCACGGCCCCGCGCGCUUCCCCUACUCGGCCAGCCCGCCGGUGGGCGGCGGCGGCGCGCGGGACCCCGGGGGCUACGCGACCGCGGGCGGCGCGGGCGGCGUGGGCGGCGGCGGCGGCGGCGGCGCGGGUCUGGCCGCCGUGGGCGCCCGCGAGCACCACCAGUACGGCUCGCUGGCGGCGGCGCGGCCGCUCAACGGGACGUACCACCACCACCACCACCACCACCACCACCCCAGCUACUCGCCCUACGUGGGCGCUCCGCUCACGCCCGCCUGGCCCGCCGGGCCCUUCGAGACGCCGGUGCUCCACGGCCUGCAGAGCCGCGCCGGGGGACCGCUCCCCGUGCCGCGGGGACCCAGCGCAGAGCUGCUGGAGGACCUCUCGGAGAGCCGCGAGUGUGUCAACUGCGGCUCCAUCCAGACGCCGCUGUGGAGGCGGGACGGCACCGGCCAUUACCUCUGCAACGCCUGCGGCCUCUACAGCAAGAUGAACGGCCUCAGCAGGCCCCUCAUCAAGCCGCAGAAGCGCGUGCCAUCCUCACGGCGGCUUGGAUUGUCCUGUGCCAACUGCCACACCACAACCACUACCUUAUGGCGUAGGAACGCCGAGGGUGAACCCGUGUGCAAUGCUUGCGGACUCUACAUGAAGCUCCAUGGGGUGCCUCGACCACUUGCUAUGAAAAAAGAAGGAAUUCAAACCAGGAAACGAAAACCUAAAAACAUAAAUAAGUCAAAGUCUUGCUCCGGCAACAGCAGUAGCUCUGUUUCUAUGACUCCAACUUCCUCUUCUUCUAAUUCAGAUGACUGCGCCAAAAAUACGUCUCCUUCCACACAGCCGACUGCCGCAGGGGGGGGACCUUCAGUGAUGUCUGCAGUGGGCGAAAGCACCAACCCCGAGAACAGUGACCUCAAGUAUUCAGGUCAAGAUGGCCUCUACAUAGGCGUCAGUCUGUCCUCCCCCGCCGAAGUCACAUCCUCUGUGCGACAGGAUUCAUCUUGGUGUGCCCUGGCCUUGGCCUGAGCUGGUGCUGCCAAGAGGCCAGGGGCUCUGCGGGCCUCAGACCACACUUGUAUCUGAUUCUGUCCAGCAGUCCAGAUGGCAGCAAAAACGCAGACAUGACAUUCCUUCGAUGCGUGAUUCUGUGCCUUUGUUCUGAAAGAGAU